CUCACAUUUCGCCUGGUUGCCCCCUUGUACACCUGACAACUUUCAGACGGCCCUUCCUGAGUAGAAAGGGAAGGUGAACGAGAAAAGAGGUGGUGAGGAAUCCAACUUGGUUGAUGCUCCGUAAAUCCAACAGUAAGAAUGAAGGUCCAUCAUCAGUUCAAGACACUGAGCUGGUUUCUCUUUAUCUUCAUCGCACUCACAGCUCAAUUAAUCCGUCAUGUCCAGAGUCAAGUGGCCCCACCGUCAAGAUUAAGAUAUACUGUUGUUGAUCAUGACAGUAUUCAGAUUUCAUGGAAAGCCCCUAAAGGGCAGUUUGAUGGAUAUAAACUCCUUGUCACGCCAAAUGCAGGUGGAAAAACUAAUGAGCUCACUCUUCAAAACAAUGCAAACAAAGCAAUUAUUCAAGGUCUUAUCCCUGAUCAGAGCUAUACAGUUCAAAUCAUUGCAUUUGCUAAGGAUGAAGAAAGCAGUAAGGGCAUGAGCCAAUUCCGAAUUAAAGAUAUUGAAAAAAAGAAGGAAACCUCAGGCAAACCCAAAGUCAAGGAUGUAGGGAAAUGGAGACCUGCUGUCCCAACAGAGGAUACAGAAAGUACAGCAUUUCCAAAAGUGGAAGAAAAUCAAUUCCAGUGCAAAACGCCAGCUAUUGCAGACAUAGUGAUCCUGGUUGAUGGUUCCUGGAGUAUUGGCAGAUUCAACUUUAGGCUUGUGCGUCUUUUCCUAGAGAACCUCGUUGCGGCCUUCAACGUGGGUUCUGAAAAAACAAGAAUAGGUCUUGCGCAGUACAGUGGUGACCCACGGAUAGAGUGGCAUUUGAACGCCCACAGCACAAAAGAUGCUGUUUUAGAUGCAGUGCGCAACUUACCCUAUAAGGGUGGAAACACCUUAACAGGCCUCGCCUUAACUUUUAUUUUGGAAAACAACUUUAAACCUGAGGCAGGCGCAAGACCGGGAGUCCCCAAAAUUGGCAUAUUGAUCACAGAUGGGAAAUCCCAAGAUGAUGUCAUCCCCCCUGCAAAAAACCUGAGAGAAGCUGGCAUUGAGUUAUUUGCUAUUGGUGUAAAGAAUGCGGAUGAAAACGAACUGAAAGAGAUUGCCUCUGAACCAGACAGCACUCAUGUCUACAAUGUGGCAGACUUCAGCUUCAUGAACUCUAUUGUGGAAGGACUGACAAAGACAGUGUGCUCAAGAGUUGAAGAACAAGAAAAGGAACUCAGAGGAGCCGUGGUAGCCACACUUGGGGCUCCUACAGAUUUGGUCACAUCUGAUGUGACAGCCAGAGGAUUUCGUGUGAGUUGGACUCAUGCUCCAGGCAAAGUGGAAAAAUACAGAGUCGUCUAUUAUCCCACCAGAGGAGGGCAGCCAGAAGAGGUGGUGGUGGAUGGCAGUGUUUCAACAGCUGUAUUGAAAAACCUGAUGUCUAUUACUGAAUACCAAAUAGCUGUAUUUGCCAUAUAUGUUAGUUCUGCCAGUGAAGGCCUCCGGGGCACUGAAACUACACUUGCCUUGCCAAUGGCAUCGGAUCUGGAUUUGUACGAUGUCUCGCACAACAGUAUGAAAGCAAAGUGGAGUGGAGUACCAGGUGCAACUGGAUAUAUGAUUCUUUAUGCGCCUCUCACUGAUGGGCUAGCAGCAGAUGAAAAGGAGAUGAAAAUUGGAGAGAGCUCAACAGACAUUGAACUGCAAGGUCUGCUUCCCAAUACAGAAUAUACGGUCACAGUUUAUGCAAUGUUUGGAGAAGAGGCAAGCGAUCCCCUUACAGGACAAGAGACAACAUUGCCUUUAAGUCCACCACGGAACCUGAGUUUUUCAAACAUUGGACACAGCUCAGCUAAGAUAACAUGGGAUUCUGCUUCUCAAAAAGUGAAUGGCUAUCGCAUUGUGUAUGUGAAGACAGAUGGAACAGAAACCAAUGAGGAAGAGGUUGGUCGUGUUUCAACCCACACUCUGAACAGUUUGACAUCCCUCACAGAAUAUACCGUUGCUAUUUUCUCGCUUUAUGAUGAGGGCCAAUCCGAAGCACUCACUGGCAGCUUUACUACAAAAAAGGUUCCAUCACCUGAGUAUUUGGAAAUCCAUGAAGUAUCUCCAGAGAGUUUUAGAGUCAGCUGGAAACCACCAUCUUCUGACGUAGCUGUUUAUCGACUAGCAUGGGUCCCCCUGGGUGAAGAAGAUGCUGAAGAGAUUGUCUUAAGUGGAGAAGUGGACACACAUGAUAUCGAAGGUUUGCUCCCCAGUACCGAGUAUGAAGUGUCCUUGGUGGCGAUCUUUGAUGAUGAAAGUGAAAGCGAUGUCCUUGCUGUUCUUGGGACCACACUUGAAAUGCUGACAACUGAAACAACCACCCUAACCACUACUCCUGCUACCACAACUUCCUUGCCUAUAACAAAGGUCUUCCGAACAGCCAUACGAAAUCUUGUCAUAGAUGAGGAAACUACUUCAAGCUUGAGGGUGAAAUGGGACAUUACAGACUACAAUGUUCGUCAGUUCAGGGUGACCUACCUCACUGCCAAUGACGAUCGUGGGGAGGAAGCCGUAAGAACGGUGAUGGUCCCAGCAAGGCAGAACAAUUUACUUCUUCAGUCUUUGCUUUCAGACACUGAAUAUAAAGUUAUGGUCACUCCCAUCUAUUCUGAUGGGGAAGGUGCCAGUUUAUCAAUUCCUGGGAAAACCUUGCCUCUGUUUGCUCCACGAAAUCUGAGGGUCUCUGAUGAAUGGUACAACAGGCUGCGGAUUAGCUGGGAUGCACCUCCAUCUCCCACUAUGGGAUAUAGGAUUGUAUAUAAACCUGUUAACAUCCCUGGACCAGCAUUAGAGACCUUUGUGGGAGAUGACAUCAAUACUAUCCUUAUUUUGAAUUUGUUUAGUGGAACUGAAUACAGUGUUAAAGUAUUCGCUUCGUACUCAACAGGAUUCAGUGAUGCCUUAGCGGGUGUAGCCAAAACAUUGUACCUGGGAGUGACAAAUCUGGGAGCUUACCAAGUCCGCAUGACAAGCCUAUGUGCUCAGUGGCAGCUUCACAGACACGCAACUGCAUAUAGGAUAGUGAUAGAAUCGCUUGUUGAUGGGACAACUGGGGAAGUAUUGGUUGGUGGAGGGACUCCAAGGCACUGCUUCUUUGAACUAAUUCCUGACACAGAAUAUAAAAUCAGCGUUUACACACAGCUUCAAGAAAUAGAAGGCCCCGGUGUUACCAUAAUGGAAUCAACAUUACCAUUUCCAACUCAGCCACCAUCAACUCCUUCAACCACCACCCCACCGCCUACAAUUCCUCCUGCCAAAGAAGUUUGCAAAGCAGCGAAGGCUGACCUCGUGUUUUUGGUCGAUGGAUCAUGGAGCAUUGGAGAUGACAAUUUCAACAAAAUAAUUGGCUUUCUGUAUAGCACUGUUGGAGCUCUUGAUAAGAUUGGCCCUGAUGGAACUCAGGUGGCAAUUGCACAGUUCAGCGAUGAUCCUAGGACAGAAUUCAAACUGAAUGCCUACAAAACAAAAGAGACUCUUCUGGAGGCCAUCCAGCAAAUAGCAUACAAAGGAGGAAACACUAAAACAGGCAAAGCAAUUAAGCAUGCUCAGCAGGUCUUAUUUACGAAUGAAUCUGGGAUCAGAAAGGGGAUUCCCAAAGUUCUGGUAGUGAUUACAGAUGGGCGAUCCCAAGAUGAUGUGGACAAAGUCUCCAGAGAAAUGCAGCUAGAUGGGUACAGUAUAUUUGCUAUCGGAGUAGCUGAUGCUGACUAUUCCGAACUACUUAAUAUUGGCAGUAAGCCCAGUGAACGUCAUGUCUUCUUUGUGGAUGACUUUGAUGCCUUCAAGAAGAUUGAAGAUGAACUGAUUACUUUUGUCUGUGAAACGGCAUCAGCAACUUGUCCAUUGGUUUAUAAAGAUGGCAACAGCCUGGCAGGAUUCAAAAUGAUGGAGAUGUUCGGUUUGGUUGAAAAGGAGUUUGCAACAGUAGAGGGCGUUUCCAUGGAGCCGGGCACAUUUAAUGCCUACCCCUGCUACAGACUGCACAAGGAUGCUUUGGUUUCCCAGCCCACCAAAUACUUACACCCAGAGGGGCUUCCUUCUGACUACACCAUCACCUUCCUUUUCCGUAUCCUGCCUGAAACGCCUCAGGAACCAUUUGCUCUCUGGGAAAUUUUAAAUGAAGCAUAUGAACCUUUGGUCGGAGUUAUUUUGGACAACGGUGGCAAAACCUUGACUUUUUUUAACUACGACUACAAAGGUGAAUUCCAGACAGUUACUUUUGAAGGACCUGAUAUAAAGAAAAUAUUUUAUGGAAGUUUCCAUAAGCUGCAUGUAGUCAUAAGCAAAACAACAGCUAAAAUAGUGAUUGACUGCAAGCAAGUGAGUGAGAAGAUGAUCAAUGCAGCAGGAAAUAUUACUUCUGAUGGAAUAGAAGUGUUGGGCAGGAUGGUUCGAUCCAGAGGACCGAGGGACAACUCUGCGCCGUUCCAGUUGCAGAUGUUUGAUAUUGUUUGCACCACUUCAUGGGCCAAUCGAGACAAAUGCUGUGAACUUCCAGCUUUGAGGGAUGAAGAAAACUGCCCAGCCCUUCCUCAUGCUUGCUCUUGUUCUGAAGCCAGCAAAGGCCCUCAUGGCCCACCUGGACCACCGGGUGGUCCAGGUCUUCGAGGUCCAAAGGGGACCCGUGGUGAUCAUGGCCCAAAGGGACCAGAUGGACCUCGUGGUGAGAUUGGAGCUCCCGGUCCUCAAGGCCCUCCGGGUCCACAAGGACCAAGUGGACUCUCCAUUCAAGGACCUCCGGGACCAAUUGGUGAAAAAGGAGAAAUGGGAGAAAUGGGUCGUCCUGGUCUACAGGGUGUUCCCGGAGCAUCUGGAGCCCCAGGACGAGAUGGAAACCAAGGCCAAAGGGGGCUACCAGGCAAAGAUGGACAAACUGGAUCUCAAGGACCUCCAGGGCCUGUGGGGAUACCUGGGGCCCCAGGUUCACCUGGGGUUAUGGGUAGUAUUGGCCCACAAGGUGAUGCUGGAGUACCUGGACCUCCUGGAGCAAAAGGCGAGAGAGGUGAACGUGGGGACCUUCAGUCUCAUGCAAUGGUUCGUGCAGUAGCACGUCAGGUGUGUGAACAGCUUAUCCAAGGUCAUCUGGCCAGAUAUAACUCCAUCUUAAAUCAGAUUCCCAGCCAAUCUGUCUCAACAAGAACAGUCCCUGGACCCCCUGGUGAACCAGGACGUCAAGGGUUACCAGGACCACAGGGAGAACAAGGCUCUCCAGGAAGGCCAGGGUUUCCAGGCAAUCCUGGGCAACCUGGCAGACCUGGCGAAAGAGGUUUAUCAGGAGAGAAGGGAGAAAGAGGUAACUCAGGUGUGGGGACACAAGGCCCCCGAGGCCCACCAGGACCAGCAGGACCUCCAGGCGAAAGUCGAACCGGCAGCCCCGGCCCUCCUGGUCCACCAGGUCCCAGAGGCACAACUGGUCACACUGGUGUUCCUGGGCUACAGGGUGCAGCAGGGCAGCCAGGGUAUUGCGAUCCUUCUUCCUGCGCUGGUUACGGCACCGGUGGUGGAUACGGGGAACCAACUGAUCAAGAGAUCCCUGUUGUGCCACUGCCGCAUAACUCCUACCAGAUCUAUGACCCUGAGGACCUUUAUGAUGAUGAGCAGCAACCCUAUCUAGUUCACGGCUCCUACCCUCACCCACAGUCCUCUUACCCUGGAUCUCAUCUGGCUCAACCGCAGUUUACACCUGUCCAUGAAGAAAUGGAAGCGGUUGAACUGCGUUCUCCCGGAAUAAGCCGCUUUACAGGUCAAAUCUCCAAAAGAAGUAUCAGCAAACCAAGACGCAGGCGGACAAUUAAGAAAACCUCCUAACAAAUGGUUUAUUUUCUCUGUGGGUGCAUUAAGGCACAUGAAUAGUUACUUCUUAUUCAUUUGCCUAAUUUUUUCCUGGAAAUUGUUUACAGGCUUAUACCUUAAAGGGAAAAAAAUAUAUAUAUUGAACAUGACCCCUUUGCUAGAACAGGAAAAAAAAAGCUAAUUAUGUUGCAUGCCAGAAGUUAUUAGCAUUAUAGGAAUUUAUUCUUAGCCCAAAACUCCAAGGAAUAUAUUGGUAGAUCUUUGUAGUUUAUGAGUGUGGUUCAAUGCACAUUUCCAGAUAUUGCAUUGCCAGCUGAUACAUUUCAGUUACAUCAAGGAAAGUUAGAUCAGCAAUGUUCUACUCUCUGAAUUUCUCUAAAUUUGAUUCUGUGCUUUCCUUACAAAUUAAUCAUAUUGAAGUCCUUUCAUUGGGAAAAAGGCAGCAUAAAAAUGCAGUAAAUAAGGAAAUAUUCGAUAAAAUAAAUAAAGCCUAUCAUGAAAAAAUUCUUUUGAAUAUCUACACAAAGUGGGAUUUUCUUCCUACAGUAUUCCUAUUUAAUGCCUAUUAGAAAUGCACCAAUAAUUUAUUGUGGGUCUAUCACUACUCUGUUUUGUAUACAAAUAAAU